AAAUCGCCUAUAAAUACGCGGUUCAUCUUUGACGCGAAAUAGUCUACAAGUAAAACCUCUGAUAAUCGAAUUUGUUAGCUGUAUUAGCUGUACAAAAACGAUUCAGAAUAAAGACUUUCGUGGUCAUUGUAUGCGUGCUGGCUAUUAUGACGGUAGUUUACGGUUUCGACCAAAGACGCCUUGAUUGCUUUUACAAGAAUUUGCUUACAUGUCCUCUAGAAGCAAAGGAGCCCGUGACAACGGAAAUCAGAUGAAUUACAACAAGGAAUAACUGGCAUAACAAACUGCGUGAGGAACGUGUUUACAGUUCUGUGAGUCGCCUAUAAAUACGUAACUCACUUUCAACGAGAAGCAGUAUACGAUUAAAGUCGUUCGUACUAAUUUUCUUUCCUUCCUGUACACUUGGAAAGUAGUCCAAGAUGAAACUUUCGGCAAUUAUCGUGACUGUGCUGUGCAUUAUAGCGACUGCUCACGGUUUCAACCCAGACCGAAGUAUAAAUUUUCAGCAGAAUAUCCAAUAUUGCCUUGAAAUAGAGAAUAAAACACCUUCUAGAAUCGAUUCCAAAAUAUUGAAGUGCGCAUUGACAUUUGAUGGCCAGGUUUUUGAUAAAAAUAACCAAAUCAGGAGGGCUGUAAUGGUAGCAUUAAUAAUAGACAUUAUCGACGACGGAUAUCAAUCGAUGAUGGCACAAACGUUAUUCAGAGAUUGCUGCAAUAAUGAAAACGUUGACGACAAUAUCAGCAACGACCAAGAGACGACGAAAAUAAUUGAGUGUUUCUCCUCAAUUAAAAAUUACAUUACGUUAGAGUAACAUACAAAAACAUAAUAGAAACAAAUUGAGUGCAAUAGCCAAAUUUUAUCUUUUGCCGUACACUAUACUAAACACUCUUUUCAAUUUUCUUCUUGGUUUCUCUGUGUGACAUUUCUCUACAUGUGGUUUUAACUAUAUAUAUAUAUGUGUCUUUUUCUGUUAAAUUAUAUGGUUACAAAAAUAAUUGAUUAUGGUUGUUAUAUGA